CUAGCCAUCAUGAAGAGCUACAUUGAAUCCAUGAUCCGCGGCUUCAGAGGCGUCCUACGAAAUUUCAUUCACUCAAAUGGUCUUUAUUACAACAGAAGUCACUCUCAGCUCAUAUAUGCUGUGAGAACGAUCAUGGCUGAGGUAUCAAAGACGCCAAUCGUCAAAGCGUGCUGUCACGCAGCCAAUCGCCUAGAAGAAUUACAUGAGCUGAGUGAUGGUCUGGAGCGAUGUCAAAAAUCAUUAAACGACUACCUGAACACUAAAAGGAAUGCUUUUCCACGUUUCUUUUUCAUAUCUGACGAUGAAUUGCUGAGUAUUUUGGGAUCAAGUGAACCGGAAUGCGUCCAAGAGCACAUGAUUAAGAUGUUCGAUAAUAUCGCUUCGCUACAAUUAGUCAAGGCGAUUAACCAAGAGAUGAGUGCAACUGCGAUGGUCUCAAGCGAAGGCGAGAUAAUGCAAUUUCGGCAGUCUGUUUUGGCUACUGGGCGUGUGGAGGAAUGGAUGACGCGUGUUGAGGCCGAGAUGAAGUCAACAAACCGGCUAAUUACGAAGGAGGCCAUCUACUACUACAGCUCUAAAGGGUCAAGGUGGGUCUGGCUUGAAAAGUUAUCAUUGGGCCAAGUUAGAUGUUACCGUACAUAA